AAUGAUUAAACAUGUCUAAUGACAAAUAUUUGUAUACCAUUGUCGUAAUGUUAUUACUACUUUCAUUAUUGGUGUGUUUUGGUCCAGGGGGCAGACAGAGCAUUACCUAAUAUCACCACAGGAAGGCAGUAAACACCAAGCAUGCAAACACCCGGACUUUGCUGAGAACAAACACCUUCACAUUAAAACUACUUUCUUUCAUAACAUCAAACAAAAUCCCCCACCACAGAAAUUUGCCUCAACUAGCUGGCAACUUUGGUGCAUUUACAGCAGCUACAUAAACAAAACUUGAGAGAGGUAGAGGGGUUUGGGUUUGGCACGUCCCACCGUCUCCUUUUCCAUCCCAUCCCCUCUUGCAGCAGUCCUAUAAAAACCCAAGGAAUCCCAGUCUUCCAGCACACCGUACAGAGCUCCCAACACUGGACAUCUAGGAUGACAGGGAUUAAUGGGAUCCGCUUGUUUCUGGUCUUUCCUCUUUAUUUCUCACAGGGGCACGUUGUGAAUGAGAUAUAUGGCCUCACAGAAAAGGGUCGUGACAGCUCGAUGGAUCCUGGUUCCAACAACCAGAGCCGCCUGAUCCUGAAGGAGCCAUCCCUGCCCAUCAACGAGCUCCUGGAGAAAAACAGCAAGUCCACUGAGUCUAAACUGGUCUGGCCGAAGCACAGUGACCUUGCUCCCAUUCUUCGCCAACACAACAAAAGCAAAAAAGGCCCCAAGACCAACCGUCUGAUUGAGCAAAACAGUGAGAAAAACAGGGUGGUGGUCAGUCUACUCCCAAAAAUCCAGCUGCCUGGAGCUGCAGGUGUCAACCGGACAGCACAGAAAAGUAACCAAGACCCCCAAGUCAUCCCAUCUCACUCCAGUGAAGCAGAGGGACACCCCAACUCCAGACCCCGAGCUCCGUCCAGCACACAGCCUCAGGUUCAUCUGCAGCAACCCGCUGCUUCUCCACACAGAGAUCCCCUGAGCCGACGACCUGACCCAGAAGAGAACAGGCCUGGGAAAGCCAGCCUCCAUUCGUUUGGAAUCGGAUCUGCAACCUGGAACAACAGCCGCUCACCGCUCCUGUUCAACCGACGUUCCUCCAGCCUGCUUUACCAGUUUGACAUUGUGAGACGAGAGUCUGACUUCAUGCACGAUUCCUUCUGCAUCAGUGAGUGCCGCAAAGAGAAAGACGAGAGGGAAUACUACUGCUACAGCGAGUUUGCUGUCAACGGGAUCGUCCAUGACAUCGACGUACUGCCCAAAGGCAUUCGGCUCAUCACGCUGAUGGUCAGCAGCGAUGGAUUCUACAAGAUGGGCCAUCUGUACGUGACUCCAGAGACCUUCUUCUUCAAAGUUCGCCUCUUCGUCUUGGAUAGCUUCAAGUGCAGCAAGCCCUGCCCGGACAUCAAACUCGGAACCAGAUACAUCGUAAUGGGUCAGAUCUACCACCGGAGGCGACACCUUCCCAGUGACCUCCUGAACUUGCUGGGCGGGAAGCUGAAGCCAGGCGAUGGCCUCGUGAGGAGCAACAACUACGCCAAGAGGUUCAACAAAAGGAGACACCAGAAAGUCCUGGAGGCAACCCGCUCCAGGUGUAGGUGAACAAAAACGACCGCCCCCUGCUGUCAGAGACAGGACACUGCAGCUGCAACCAACCAGACUGAGGACACGGCACAGAGGACAAAGGUGGACCCUCACACGGACAGGUGUUAUGUAUCCAAAAAUAACGUCCCAGAAGCUGCAACUUCUAUGAAACAACUUUGAUGGGGAUCGGUCUGCUUCUUUUAAACUCUUCAUUCAAUCAUGGCUGGUUCAUGAGUUGACAGCGAAUCCCACGUUCUGAGUUUAAUCUUCUUCAAUGGGCAGAAGAGGAGAAAAUGACAAAUUUGAAAUAAAUCAUGACUGUUAUAAUGA